CACGCUCUCCCUCCCCACAGCCCUGCGCCCGCCAUGAGCCUGCAGUGGACGGCCGUGGCCACCUUCCUCUACGCCGAGGUCUUCGCCGUGCUCGUGCUCUGCAUCCCCUUCAUCUCCGCGCCCAGAUGGCAGAAAAUCUUCCGGUCCCGCCUGGUGCAGCUGGUGGUGACCUACGGGAACACGUUCUUCGUGGUGCUCAUCGUCAUCCUCGUGCUGCUGCUGCUGGACGCUGUGCGUGAGAUCCAGAAAUACGACGACGUGACGGAGAAGGUGAAUCUGCAGAACAACCCGGGCGCGGUGGAGCAUUUCCACAUGAAACUGUUCCGGGCCCAGCGCAACCUCUACCUGGCCGGCUUCUCCCUGCUGCUGUCCUUCCUCGUGCGCCGGCUGGUCACGCUCAUCUCCCAGCAGGCCUCGCUCCUGGCCUCCAACGCCGCCUUCAGGAAGCAGGCGGAGGGCGCCAGUGACGCGGCCAAGAGAUACAUGGAGGACAACGACCAGCUGAAGCAGGCGCUGAAGCAGGCCGGCGUGGCUGUCGGGGAGCGGCCGGCUGAGGGGCCAGGGGCCGCGGAGCAGAACAAGGCACUGAAGGCAGAGCUCAAGCAGCUGAAGGAGGAGCUGGCCACUAGCAAGAGGGCUGCGGAGAAGGCAGAGAGCGAGGCGCUGGCCAUGAGGAAGCAGGCCCAGGGGCUGACCCAGGAGUACGACCGGCUGCUGGAGGAACAUGGCAAACUGCAGAUGCUGCAGGCGGGACCCAAGGACAAGAAGGAAGAGUGACGGCUCUUCUCCUCCCCCCUUCUGGCUGCCUCAGUUGCUUUCAGUGGGUGGGGCCUACAGUAUUCAGGGGCGGAGGGCUCCCCUCCCCCGGGGGGGCUCGGACCUGUCCCCUCUACUCCCAGGAGGUGGGGUGGGAGUGGGGCUGCUGUGCUCACCCCAUCACUGGGCUGUGUCUAUUCCAAGCAGGGGUGUCAGAGCCCCUGUGCCUCAGUUUCCCCCUGACCUGCUCUUCUGCCUUUCCUGGGCUGGGGGACCCUGGCUUCCCCAUUGAAUCACAAGGUUUGUAGGGAACUGCAAUUCCCCCCCAGCUGUACCCCUUGCUUGUAAGCCCUGUUUCUGGGGGGCGGGCCCAGCUCCUGUGACCCCCCCCCCCAUGCUGCGUCAGGGCCCCUCCGUGGGGGCUGCAGCGCUGUCAGCUUUGCCUUCAAUAAAGGGUCAGACACCA